AUGAAACUUUUAAUCGCUUUGGCGGCCACGCUAGUCUGUGUUUUUGGACAAAACACCUAUCCGCCCGUCGAUGGCUGUUCAAUGUGCCAAUAUUUGCUGAAUCAGGCGCUCGGUCAUCUCAAGAAUGGGUACAGCAAAGACGAUCUGCUUCAAGAGCUCUACAGUGACUGUCAAACACUUCAAAAAGUGUACGGGCCAGACAAUGUGGCGCAAUGUAUGGCAGGAGCCAAACAGUACCUCGACAUGAUCUACACUGAUCUUCAAGGAGGAAAGUCCGUUAUGCAAACUUGUAUCGAUGUGGGAGAUUGCGACGGUAGCAAAGCAAAGGGAGUCUUCAAAUAU